AUGCGCUGCAAUAAUGGUGCCAGUCGCGCCAUUGGCGCGACAAAAGUAUGGGCGACCUUGAUCACCAACGCAAACUACCUCCCGGGCGUCUUCACCCUCCAGUACUCGCUACGAAAAGCUGGGUCGAAGUACCCGCUCGUCGUGCUCUACACGGACUCAUUCCCCGCUGAAGGACAUGCCGCGGUCAACGCCCGCGGACUGCCGAAGCAGCGCGUCCCGCAUCUCCUGCCUACCCUUCCGAAAGAAUAUACCAAUGAUCCUCGAUUCCAUGAUACGUGGACGAAGCUUACCGCGUUCUCGCUAGUGGAUUAUGAACGCGUGGUGCUACUGGACAGCGACAUGGUGGUCAUGCAAAACAUGGAUGAAUUGAUGGAUAUGGAGCUGGAUGCGCCGGAGCUAGGAGGGAGGGGAAAUCGGGUGUUUGCGGCUAGUCACGCUUGUGUCUGCAAUCCGUUGAAGAAACCCCAUUAUCCGAAGGACUGGAUCCCGGCGAACUGCGCGUUUACAUCACAGCAUGCCACUCCCGACAAGGCCCAGAUAGUCGGAGCCCCGUCAGACCGUGGACUUGGACUCUGCAACUCGGGCCUUCUCGUCAUCAAUCCGUCGAAAGGAGUCUAUGAUAAGAUUCUCGACCAGCUCAACUCCCCCGCGACGCUGAAUUACACCUUCCCUGACCAAGAUCUUCUCUCCGAUGUCUUCCGUGGCCGAUGGGUCGGCAUACCGUACAUAUAUAAUGCGCUCAAGACAUUACGGCGCAAGGGAGUCCACGAUGCUAUCUGGCGGGAUGAUAAGGUCAAAAUCGUCCACUAUAUUCUCAGCCCGAAGCCGUGGGAUGAGGUUGACAGCGCUGCGGAGGGUCAAGGGAUGGGGAAAACGCGGACGGCGAGUCUGGACMCUACACAUGAGUGGUGGUGGCGGGUCACGGAUGAAAGACGCGAGGACGAGAAGAAGAGGGGUGUGGCUGAUAUGUUCUAG